AAUAAGUUAGAGAAGAUCGGGAAAAAGUAAAGUUCUAAGAAGACAAAGUGGCUGAGGAGUUACCACCAGAAUGCAGAAAGAAAGGUGGUAGCCAACUAGCUUCAUAUGACUAUUCUCUUUUUUUGUAGCUCUCCAUUUCUUUCCUUUCAAAUAUUAACUCAAGAAAUUGGGAGUGAGGAAUGAAAAGACAAAAACUUUUCUGAUCUUGACAAUGGUUCGACCCUAACCAAGGUGAGGUUUCCUCUGAAUAGACUAAUCACUACGACACAAAUUGUAUAUAACCACUGAAAGACAAGAGUCUUAUAUAGCCAUAUCGUGGUUGUGGAGAAAUGAAUGUGGACCCAUAUAAACAUUGUAGGAGAUUGUGCUAGUAACUGAUACUUUACCGAGACUUUAGCGUAUUCAUUAUAUUUCUGCUUAGCAAGUGUCGUGUGCAUGGAGAUCGUAGCUGAGGUCAAUGACAUGCAAUUGUUAGAAAGAAAGAGGAGGAUAUCUUGGCUAAUUCAAGUAUAGUCUUCCCACCCCUUAAAUAAAUAAACAAAUAAAUAUAUUAGAUGGAACUUGAAACGUUUAUUAGUCAAACAGACUCCUUUUACCCAUUUAAUGAUCUUGACAACGGUUGCCCAUCUAAUGUGCAAGUCACAAACAAGAAAAGCGUUGACAAUAUUUCAACAUUUUAAGAUGCUUCUCCUAGACGGCUAAAAUUGGAAGAUUAACAUAAGAUUGUGUGGUUACAACUUGUUGAAUUAACCAUGAAUUGAAAAGAUAAGUAUCCGUUACGGGCAGAAGAUGUUCAAAUACACAUAUAUAGAGAAGGUGCAUUUUCUAGUGGACGUAUGUGCAUGCGCUACAAGUGCUGGAGUUUUAUGCGCCUUCUUGAUUUGUUCCUUCAUGCAUGUUUUCCCUGGGGCCUAAUGUUUGCCAUAUUUUCAUGUUGACGUAUGUGCAUGCUCUACAAGUGCCAGAAUUCUAUGCACCUUCUUUAGAUGUUCUUUUGUUCUUGUUUGACAGUAAUAGAUGUUUUAUCUUUCCAAUUAAUGGUUGCAAUAUAACCUCUUUCAUUCAUUUAAUACCAUAGUAGCACACAAGCUUAUGUUGAUCUUUUAGUGUCAACAUUAGAAUUGGGGUGUCGCGUGAUGUUUAAUACUUGGAGCAUCUAUCCCAUGCGUGAAUUGGCAUUUUUUUAUGCCUACUUACUUAGGCUUUAAAUGGGUAAAGGGAGUAUGUUUGAUUAAUAAGCGUUUCGAGUUUCACUUAAUUUGAGAGAUUGUAAUUGAAUUAGCCAGGAUAUCCUCCCCUUUCUAACGAUUGCAUGCCUAGGUAUUUGUUUGUCGGCUCUUGUUGUAAAUGUAAUCCCCCGAACGCAGAAUAUAAUGAAUGCACUAAAGCUCUAUUGACCUUUGCCAGCUGAAAUAUUCUUGGUUAUGGAAAUGUUUAUCUUAAACUCAGUAAAACAUUUAUUACUAGCACAUUCUCCUAUAAUGUUUUAUACAUUAAAGUUCCGUAUGUGCAUGCGCCACAAGUGCUAGAGUUUUGGGGACCUUCGUUAUUUUUUUCCUUAAGGCAUGUUUUCCAGGGCCCUGCCAUAUUUUCUCGUUGACUUAUGUGCAUGCACUGCAAGUGCUACAAUUUUAUGCACCUUCUUAAGAUAUUCUUUAAUUCUUGUUUGCCAAGAAUAGAUGUUUAACCUUUGCAAUUAUUGGUUGCAAUGUCACCUCUCUCAUUCAUUUAAUACCAUGGUUGACAAGCUGAUAUUAAUCUUUUAGUGUCAACAAUUUGAAUGGGGGUGUCGUGUGAUGUUUAAUACUUGGAACACUAAUGAUAUGGCUAUAUAAGACUCUGUCUUCCUGUAGUUCUAUACAAUUUAUGUCUUAGUGUCUUAGAGAGGUAGCUCACAAUUUCUCCCCCAUAAAUUUCUAAAACUCCUUGAGAUUCACAAGAGCGUUCUUUCAACAAUGGAGAAUAGUACUAGAGAACUGAUGGUUGGGGAUCUGCUUCCCAAUAUGCCCGACCCGAAUCAGAGAGCCUUCGAGUUCUCAAAUCACAUCCAGACCACUUACAGCCAAAACUGCUUCAUUUUGCCGCAGCACUCGCUUUAUAAUCCUGUUGCUUUUGAAUCUUCCUUGUCACCUGAUGUUGAACCUAAUGCUCUUAUUCUGGCAAACAAUCAAGUCCAUGCCUCUUACUUGAUCUCUGGUUCUUCUAGAGUAUUUGGGCCAUCUUUCUCCAUGGUUGGCACAUCUGGUCUUAUUAGCCUAUUAGGAGACAAGACUAGCCUGCGAUCUUGUUUUGAACCUUCUAAUGCUUUCAUUUAUCGGAUCAAUCGUCACCGCUAUGGUGUCGUAAAUGGUCAAACUCCAUUUUUGGACAACGGUGGUCCUCACCAUGCUUUGGUAAUCGAGCGAGUUUGUGUUGGGAUCUUGCCAUCUUCGUUCCGUGCUCCCGAAUUCAUCCCCAUGAGGCCUCAGCAGAUUCCAAAAGAUGCCGAAGUUGCCACUCAGGUUCACAGAUUCCGUGGUAGUGCCGGGUUUAUGUCAAACAAUCCCUGGCUGUGGAACUCACAAGAGGAUUUGCUAAGGAGGGGAGGGAGCGCGCCACAACCUAAUUUCCCUAAGUGUAACAGUUCUUUUCCUAGUAGUUAUGCCUUGGGAGGACACAUGAGCGGCCAUGCAAGGAAAAAAAAACUUGAGGCACUCCUCAAUGCCACCGAGAGCUGUGAGCCAGGUGCUGGUGGGUCAUCUCUUGAAGCUACUACAGGCCAGGGGUUUGAAAAUGCUUCUGUUGUCAAAGUGGAACCCGCUUGAUGACCCUGAGGAUGGAAAAUGAGACGAGUAGCAAUGUGUGGAAACGGCAAGGAAAACUAUCUCGUCAUUUUCAGGUCAAUUUGCUUUGCCUUAGUAGUUUUAAUUGUUGUCGUAGUCUCUCCUCUUUUAGUCAAUGUUGGAGAUUUCAUCUCCUCCAUGGUCUUUAAUGAGUCAUAGUUUGAGCAUACUGUCCGUACUCUACAGUUUCAUUUGAUGUCAUAGGUAGGGUAUGUUUAGUCUGUCAUGAGUCCUAUAGUAUGUGGGUUAUCACUCUGGUCUGCAUGAUCAGUUUGCUGCAAGUCUUGUUAUGUUUCACCUUGAAGUUUUAUUUCUGAUGUGGGUGCAUUUGCAUCUUGAGUGGACUGCA